AUGAAGCUCAACUGUGCCGUCGAAAUUCUUCCUAUGACUUGUCGAUGGCUGAAUUCAGGAACCUGGACGCGAUUAGUGGAAAACUUUCGAGCAAGGUGGUGGUUCUGGACGGAUGGCGUGCGAGUCUGGACGCAUCGUGCGUGGCUUGCAACGAAGGUAGUUUUAGUCUGGCACGGGAAGGCUUGCAUUGGCAUGAAUAUCGUGGCCAAGGGCCCUGGGACUCGUGGGAUACUGCCGCGGAAACAGAUUUGUGUGGGCCCAGCGCAUGCGGCGAAUGUCAAAUUCAAAAUAACGCCGCGAUAUGUCCCCACAGCGUUUCAACUCUGGCAGAGUCCGCGAUAUGACCCCGUUUUGAUAUUUGAGCGCUGGAUCGCAGGCCCCGGUCCCUGGUUUCAUCCCUACGCGAGGGUGAAGCCCUCUGCUCGCGAGAGAGCAAUGGCCGCUCGGUACACCUCUGACCCUGAUGGCCUUUUUUCUGACGAACAACGCAUUAUCUCUUCGUAUCAAACUAUGGUCGCGGACUCAGUGAGGAAUCACUCUCUCAUUAUCGCACGGGGCCUGGAUAAUGCUGUCAACGUCACGCACUCUGUUGAUACGCAUCUCCGGAACCUGAGCGUGUCCACUCUGGUGGCAGACCUAGCGGUCUUGAUGUGUCGAACGCCGUCCCCCACCGGUCGACAUUACUCCUCGCUCGCUCGCUAUUUCCUUUGGUUCUUCUCUGCGUCCGACAGCAAUUGGAGCGCCCCCGACCUCGAAGGUGCCUCCACCGGUAGGAAUGAUGGCAAGGGGAAUGUAGCUCAUACCGGUGCAAUGGCGAGGCGUGGUUUCCUUACCGUGACGCUCGAAUGUCCCUUUACCCAUCCCCAUGCGCGUUUCGUUCCCCUGGUGCAAAAUUCUCAGAGAAAACCGUCCAUUACCAAGACAGACCCCUAG